AUGUCUCAGUGCGAUUUACCAGCAGUCCUGGCCAAGCGUACGACUUACAGGCCCUUCCCUACAAAACAUACUGUUCAUAUCCACGGCUUCCGGAGGUUGUUGUUUGCUCCCCGGGUGAGCGGCUGGCAGCGGGGGGAAAGUGCCCGGGGCGCGCCGAGGAGCAUCGGCUCCGCAGUCGCUCCCACAGUCCAGCAGAGAAUUCCUGGCUGGCUCGCCAAAGCUGAUGUGCAGAAAACAGACUCCACAAUCUGUAAGAUUGUAAAGUGUGAGGAUCUGGCAGAAGCGAACACUCUUCUGCAGGAGCACCUCCAUCAAGCGAGUGUGGUCAACUCAGCCCUCCAAGAAGAUGUUGGGAAUCUGGUGUCAGAUUGGAUGAGGGCCCAGGAGGAGCUGGAACUGAAGAAAAGUGAAUGGCACACUGACCGUGAGCUUCAUGACAGCUACGUCAGGGGUGAACAUAACUGUUUGCUCAGCCUCUGGCAUCAGGUGCUAGCCUUGCGCUGUCAUUGCCUGGAAAUGAAGACUGCCACUGACCGAGAUUUGUCCGAGCCGAAGGCAGAGCAAAUGAGGCUUUCUGGAUCUCUGCUUGUAAGCUACUCCCGCCUAAACUCUGGCACACAGCUCUGGGAGUCCGUCACUGCACGUAGACCUGUCUCGAAUGAUGAGGCACAGCCACAAGUGGAGCAGGACAUAAGCCCGAAGACUUGGGAAAUGAUGUGCUUACAAGUCAUGGGGGACCUGGAGAAGACAGAGUUUCUGCACAGACUGAAGGACUUAGCUGCACUUGAAAGAAAACAUUACUCCUUCCAGACUGAGCUGGUAGUCACAAGGGAGACACUGGAGGGAUCGCACCUCCAGAGCGAUCUGCUGAAGCAAGAGAAACAUCAGCUUGCCCCAGCACUGGAAAAGGUUUACCACCAACAAGGGUCAGCUGGCAGUGCUUGGGAGCAGCUGUGCCAGGAGUCCUCUCGCCAAGGGCAUGCACUGGCCAAGGUGUCCAAAGAGAAGGAGAUGCUGGUGCAGGAGAAGGCUGCCCUAGAGCUGCGACUGGCAGCCAUGGAGCGGGACAGGCAAGGCCCUUCCGAGCAGCUUGCAACUUGCAGCUCAGUGAAGGAGACCCUGGAAUCCAGCCUGUUUGAGGCUCAGCAGCACCUGUCUCACCUGUCUCAGCUGAAAAUCCAGCUUGGCACAGUCACACAGGCCAAGGAGGCCAUCCAAGGGGAAGUGAAACGCCUUCAGUGUGAGCUGGAAGCAGAGAGAUCUGUCAUGAGGCAGGAACGGGAAAACACGGCACAACAGCUCUUGCGGACAAGACAGCAGUAUGACAGUGCCCUCAGCCUUCGGCAAACUGAUCAUCAAGCGGCAAUAAACAAGCUCCUGCAAGACCUGGCAAGUGAGUGGGAAGGGCACCGUUCAGAGCUGCAGCAGCUGCUGGAGCAAUGGGAGAAGGAGAAGGCAGAGGCAGAAAGGGAGCAUGAGAAGCAGCUGUUUGAGAUGAAGCAGGAAGUUGCUGCCGUGCAAGCUCAGCAAGAAGAGGAACGAACUCGAGUAGAAAAUGCCAAGCAGGAGGUCCUGCUAGAAAAGGAGUGUGAGAAGAAUGCUUUAUUAGAGAUGCUACUCCAGACUCGGGGAGAGGUAACAGAAGUCUGCCAGCAGCUAAAGCAGCUCAGGCGGGAGGUGGCAGAGCAGCGAGAGCAUGGGCAGCAUGAACAGGACAGACUGGAAGCAGUGAAAGAAAAACUGGCUAUUAAGGACAUAGCAGAGAAAAAACAGAAGAUGGAAUCCCAGCAAGAACAGAUCCGGGAGCUGGAGAAGCAGCAAGAAGAACAAAGGAUUGCUGUCAGCAAAAUGAGCAAAGUGCUGGAGGAGAGAGAGCGGGAGAUCAGAUCCCAGCAAGAACAGAUCCGAGCCCUGGAGCAGCAGCGAGAAAUGGAGAGGACUGCAGUCAGCAAGAUGAGCAAAGUGCUGGAGGAGAGAGACCAGGAGAUCAAAUUCCAUGAGGGGAAAAUAAUAAUGCUAGAACAACAUAGUGCAUCACAGGUGAGAAAUCUGCGGGUGGAUCUUGAUCAUCUGAAAAGAGAACUGGAAAUCGAGACAGAACAGGUGAAAUCUCUGCACACAAGCCUUGAACACCUGCUGGCAGUUCUUAAGGACAGAGAGCGAGAGUGUGGUUCUCAAAGGGAGCAGUUAAGACUCUUGCAGCAGCACAAGGAAGAGCAAGAGGGGGACCUGCAAGAGCUUCAGGGUAAAGUAGAAAAGAUGACCCUUUCUUUGUCUGAAAAAGAUCAAGAGCUUGAGUCACAACAAAAGCAAAUCCAGGAAGCUGAAGAAGUCAUGCACAUGCAGGUGAGGACUGUCCGUCACCAACUGGAGCAGACCCUAGAAACCUUAAAAGAAAAGGACAGACUCAUAGACCUCCAAAAGCAACAGGCAAGGAGCUAUGAGGAGAAAACAGAAGAACAGCGGAAUGUUUUACAGAAAGACUUGGAAUACUCUAUGGCAAUACUGAAAGAAAAGGACUUCAUGAUUGAAUCUCAGAAGGAAGUGAUUGAGACCUUCCAAAAACAAGAGCAAGACUCUGAACAGCAGAAGGAAAUUCUGCAGGCAACAUCUAAGGCGCUAAAGGAAAAAGAGCAAGAAAUUUUAUCCCUCAGAAAGCGCUGUGAGGCAUGCAAGGAAAAGGAGGAAAAGCAUGAAGCGGAGCAAAGAAAUCUCCGCACAAAACAGACUCUGAAGGAAAGACAGAAGAAGAUAGGGGUUCUGGAGAAGGCUAUCUCUAAGCUUCAACAGCAAAAGGAGGAGGCAGCGAUGCCGACUAAAGCUAUGCUGCAAAGGCUUGAAUACGCUGAAUCUUCUCUAGAAGCUAGAGAUCAAGAGAUAGCGUCUUUGCAAGAGCAUGUCCAGGACCUUCGAGAGCAGAAGCAGUUGGAAGGCAAGCAGGCCAAGAGAGUAGAGCAGGAUCCAGACAAAGCGAGCCAAAUAGCGAAGGAGAACCGUUUGGAGUUCCUCAAGCAGCCAGAGCAAAUGAACAUGUUCCAGCUUCGUGGUGAAAGCAUGAGAGGGUCAUGCCAGAAGCAAGUGAAUCUGUUUGAGGAAGAGGUGCGGAAGAGAGACAAAGACAACAGAACUCUUAUGCAAAAACUCCAGCCGCAAGAAGCAGAACUGAAGACCUUGCAGAAUCUCCAGCUUAGGCUAGCCGAGAAGAGAGAGGGGGUUAGACACCACAGAGAGCAAGAGAAGCUCCUGGAAGAAGCCCUUGAUGAGAGGGAACGAGAGACCAAAGCUCAAGGUGAGCAAAAAGAGCUAGAAGAGGAAAUCAGGACUCUUUGGGAAGACCUCCAGCAUGUCCAUCAGACUCCGACCAAGAAGAAUGAAGAGAUCAAGUACCAGAGAGAGAGAGUCAGGUAUUUAGAGGAGACACUGACAGGGAGAGAACAAGAGCUGAGGAGGCAGAGUGGGCUCCUGAAACGGUUAGCAUCAGCUUUGCGAUGGAGAGAUGGAGAGGAGACCCUACAGAAACAAAUCCGGAGACUCCAGAACUGGGAGGAAGAGGAAGCAGAGAAGAGGAGAGUUCUCCAGGAGCGAGACCGUUCCUUGCAAAGGCAGAAGGAGCUAACCCAACAACUGGAAGAUGGCAAAGCAAAGGGGAAAGAAUUGGAGCUUGUGAUGAUUGUUGUUUUGAGGGAGACUGAAAGCAGAGAAGUCAAAUGGAGAGAGAAGGCACAAGCACUGGCUCUUGCCCUUGGCAAGAGUGAAACGGCUCACGGGACUCGGAGGGAAGAAACAGCCAUCCCACAGAGUAUGGUUUCAGUGAGGGACACGGACUGGUCUCACCUAAUCUCCUCUCUGUCUACCGAGCAGGCUCUUGCAGAAGGGGAGCAGCUGCUGUUGUGGCUCUUGGAGAAGGGGCUCCUGUUGCAGUGGCUGGAAGGUCUGCAGCAAGCAGUUGCAAGGCUGGAAGAUGAAAAGAUGGAGCUGAAGCAACUCAGUGUUGAGCUCUGGAGGACUCUUGAGCAGGUGUAAUGUGAGCAGAGGAGGCUGAAGAGGUGUUACAGGGGUCGGCUGCUGCCAGACACGUGUGGAUUUUCUCUCCCUGACCAGCAUAGGGUGCCUGCUUCCAGACAGAAGAUGCAGGAACUCAAGACAUUGGUUAUUGGUAUAUUUGGUAUAAUUGGGCCCAACAAAGAAGGAAACCUGCAGGCAGACGAUGAUAAUUCUACCUCAAAAGGGACUGGAAUGUAUCCCAUGAAAUUGGAUUACAUUCCAAACCCUAGGGCUGGACCAGGAGCCCCGCCAGAGGUCCCUGCAAUCCAAGCCGUGCAAUCUGCCCCCGCCCAAAUCCACGUGAACGAGGAGAAGGGCCAUGAAAUACGAUAA